GCUCCGCCAUGAUGAAGUCCUGAACAAAAAAACGGACGAGAGUCGAGCAAAAAUGGGGGAUAAGAUGAACUGGAGAUGAAAUACGCCGACAACACUAACGUAAUGACAGCGCAAAGUGGAGCACGGAGCGGACCAGUUGAGAUUAAUGAACCAGUUCCCUGCUGAAAACGUCGCAAGCAGCUCCUGGCGUGACGUUAUUUAGUUAGCGGUGUUGCUAACAGCAGCUAAAGCCAGCCUGUGGGUUUCUGUGGGAGACUCUCUGCUGGCUGGCUGGCAGGCAGGCGGCAGUCAGCUAGCUGUCACUUUAAUUGACUGGCACUUUACUCGUGUCAUGUCGUGCAGACGUGCAAGCUGUCCAAUCUAACCGGGAGCGUCAGGAUGGAGAGGAGUCCGAGUAAAAACAUCGACAGACACAAUGUGGUUUGUUCGUGUUGAAUAGACACCAGAGCCGAGGAAAGAGGAGUGAGACCAAUAAUUUCCAGCCAGGCCAGUCAGCUAGCUCUAAGCUAGCUACAGUGGAUCCCAAAAGCCACGGCGCUGGCCAUGCCGUCGAGUGUGCGGGCCGGGAGCCUGAAGGACCCGGAGGUGGCUGAGCUGUUCUGCAGGGAGGAUCCUGAGAAGCUCUUCACAGACCUGAGGGAGAUUGGACAUGGGAGCUUCGGAGCAGUCUACUUUGCCCACGACAUCCGCACCAAUGAAGUGGUGGCCAUCAAGAAGAUGUCCUAUAGUGGCAAACAGUCCAAUGAGAAAUGGCAGGAUAUCAUCAAGGAAGUGAAGUUCCUCCAGAAACUGCGCCACCCCAACACUGUCGAGUACCAUGGCUGCUACCUGAGAGAGCACACGGCAUGGCUGGUGAUGGAGUACUGCUUGGGCUCAGCUUCUGACCUUUUAGAAGUCCACAAGAAACCCCUCCAGGAAGUGGAAAUAGCUGCCAUAACCCAUGGUGCAUUGCAGGGACUGGUGUAUCUUCACUCUCACAACAUGAUUCACAGGGAUGUGAAGGCAGGAAACAUCUUACUAACAGAGCCAGGCCAGGUCAAACUGGGAGACUUUGGCUCUGCCUCCAUUGUUGCACCAGCCAACUCCUUCGUGGGAACGCCUUAUUGGAUGGCCCCCGAGGUGAUCCUGGCCAUGGACGAGGGCCAGUACGACGGGAAGGUGGAUGUGUGGUCACUUGGCAUUACCUGCAUAGAGCUGGCGGAAAGGAAGCCUCCUCUGUUCAACAUGAAUGCUAUGAGUGCCUUAUACCACAUCGCCCAGAAUGAGAGCCCUGUGUUGCAGUCUAAUCACUGGUCGGAUUAUUUCCGCAAUUUUGUGGACUCCUGUUUGCAGAAGAUCGCCCAGGACAGACCUACCUCUGAUGUGCUGCUCAAGCACCAUUUCCUAUGCAGAGAGCGUCCCGUGACAGCUGUGAUGGAUCUCAUUGCACGAACCAAGGACGCUGUCCGUGAGCUGGACAACCUUCAGUAUCGAAAGAUGAAGAAAAUCCUCUUCCAUGAGGCCCACAACGGUCCCGCACCAGAAGGAGGCGAUGAGGAAGAGGAUGUGGAGCAGUAUAUGUUGCGCACAGGCACAGUCAACAGCAUGGAAAGCUCCCACUCUCUGCCAUCCAUGUCAAUCAGCGCCAGCUCCCAGAGCAGCUCGGUCAACAGCCUGGCAGACGGCUCUGACGACAGCGGGGAGAUGGCAAUGAUGCAGGAGGGAGAGCACACCGUCACCUCCAACAGCUCCGUCCUGCACAAGCCCCUGAGCCAUGACAACAUCUAUGAUGACCCCUAUCAGCCAGAGGUCGACUUACAACGGGAAGCCUCAUCCGCUGGUGGCGGUGGCGGUGGAGGUGGUGGUGGUGGAGGAGGAGGUGGAGGAGGAGGAGGAGGAGGGAGGCGGCGUCGAGGCCGAGACCACUUUGCUACUAUCAGGACCGCCUCGCUCGUCACUCGUCAGAUCCAGGAACAUGAGCAGGGCUCGGCCCUAAGAGAACAAAUGUCUGGGUAUAAGCGCAUGCGGCGGCAGCACCAGAAGCAGCUGAUGGGUCUGGAGAACAAGCUCAAGUCAGAGAUGGACGAGCACCAGCUGAGACUGGACAAAGAGCUGGAGAAUCAGAGGAACAGCUUCUCUAUGGAGGGAGAAAAGCUCAAUAAGAAGCACCAGGCUAUCCUGGAGAAGGAGACUAAAGCAGUCCUGACUGAAGAGAAGAAGUUCCAGCAGCACAUACUGGCCCAGCAAAAGAAGGAGUUGACCAGUCUGCUGGAGUCCCAGAAACGACAGUAUCGACAGCGCAAAGAGCAGCUCAAAGAGGAACUGAAUGAGAACCAGUCAACGCCAAAGCGGGAGAAACAGGAGUGGUUGGUGCACCAGAAGGAGUGUCUGCAGCAGCUGCAGGCGGAGGAAGAGUCAGGCCUGCUGCGGAGGCAGAGGCAGUAUUACGAGCUGCAGUGUCGCCAGUACAAGAGGAAGAUGUUGCUGGCACGCCACAACCUGGAGCAGGAUCUGCUCCGAGAGGAACUGAACAAGAAGCAGACUCUGAAGGACUUGGAGUGUGCCAUGCUGCUGCGCCACCACGAGUCCACUCAGGAGCUGGAGUUCCGCCAGCUAGGUUUGGUGCAGCACACGCGGGCUGAGCUGAUCCGCACGCAGCACCAGACAGAGCUCACCAACCAGAUGGAGUAUAACAAGAGGCGUGAGCAGGAGCUGCGUCAGAAACAUGCCGUGGAGGUCCGCCAACAGCCUAAGAGCCUCAAAGUGAGUGAGAGCACCAGCACCCAGAGUCAGGGGUCUCCUGAAGAGGGAGAGAGCCAGACAACAGAGGGGCCGAAUGCCGGCUGGGUGGGAGACACAGGGGUGCUAGGAGAAGAGUUGGAGGAUGAGGUGGACGGCGAAUUAGAAGAGCAGAGGAAGGCUAAAGAGAUAUUUGCGGAUGAGCUUGAUAGAGGAGCAGAAGUUUUAGAAAAGGAAGAGGGUGUGAGUGUCCCAGCGGAUGAGAGGAAAGAUGAGGAAGAUGAGGUUGAUAGUAAACUGAAGGGAAAAGAUGACAGGGAAGAUGAGCAGUGGAAAAUCAGGGAAGGGGGGACAGAGGUUAGGGAAGUAGAGGGAGUUCAGUGGGAGUACGAUGAUGAUCACGGUAAAACUGAACAGCUAGACACCGAUGAUGAAGAAGAAGAGGGCAGGGGUAUCGCCGACGGCUGCCCGUCAGAGCUCUUCUCCUCUCUGUCUCCAGAAAAAAGACGACACCGCGAGCGAGACAUCGAUGAGUUGUCUGAGUUUUACUUCCCUGAGGCUCCCGAGGAGCUGGAUGCCAUACCUGCCCCACCGACACCGACCCCUCCCCCUCCCCAAACGUCUUUCCCGUCACUCUUCUCUCACGCCAUCUGCCUCCUCCUUUCCCUCUCAGCUGCUGCUCAGCCCUCCAACUUCACUUUGCUGCUGCUCUGCAUCUUCCUCCUCUCCCUCCGUCGCUCACCUCCCCUGCCCUCAGUGGCUUCUGUCGUUCUCUCUGCUGAACUCGCCCUCUUGGCGCUCUUCUUCUCCUACCUCUUCCUCCGCUCUUGCUGCUCUCUGUCGCUCUCCACCUACCUGUCGCUCAGCCUCUGGGCCAGCUGCCUCUUCAGUCUGGGACUCUCCCUCAGUCUGGGGAUUUAUUAUAUCCCCAUGAUUUUGAUCUCAGCUUCUUUCCUCAGCUCUCCCUCCCUCUUCCUCUCCCUGUAUUUGGUUGUGGUGCUGAUAGUCAGGCCGGCCCGUGACUUCCUCCAGCUCGCACCCCGCAAAGUCAACCGUCUGUGCAUGCGCUUCCUUUUCCGCCUGCCCCGACCGCUCUUUGCCAUGUGCCAGUCAGUCCUGGGUGGUAUGGCUGAGCGUAACCUUUAUGAGAUGUUUCCCAAGGCAGGGCGCAACUGGGGUGUACGCCAGUCCAAAAUCCCUGUGGCCCUUAAGAGCUUGCCUUUAGAGCAUCAGGCUCGCUGCCAUUACGUCUCCCCCCUUGCCAAGGGCCUCCUCUGGGUGAGGCGUUUCAGUCGACGCCCCCUUGGGGUCCUGGCAGACCUGGCUAACACCAUCGUAUUAAAACUAGCUAGACAGGUGGUAAAAAAGCUGCCCCCCAGUGCCCGAAUCAAACUAAGAACUCUGGGCCUCUUGAAGAAGGAGAUUCCGAGCAGGCUGCCCCGACUGCUGCCGAGGGAGGUAAGAGAGAGGAGGCAGAGGGAGAGGAGGAGGAGAGAGAGGGAGAGGCAGAGGAGGGAAGAGAGGGAGAGGAUGUUUCGUGAAGAGGGGAGGUGGGAGUGCGGUUUGAGGCGAACUUCAUCUGGAAGGUUUGUCAGGGGGAAAAUUCGGCCAUGGAGAUAGUAAGAGUGUGAGACAAAUUGAAAGAGUGAGAAAAGUGUGCUGGCGGUUUGUGUGUGAGCGAGCGAAAUCACUCUCACACUUUGUUCCAUUUGUCAACCAUUUGUUUGUGUGUCUGUUUGAUUUGGGCCCACGUGUCUCGUGUUAUAUAAUUCCCAAACUGGUUUUUGGUCACAUUUUUUGAAGAUGAGGCGUAUUUUUCCCUGCACACGUACCUCUGUACAUGUGUGUGCGCUGGCUGAAAGUGAUUUUGGCUGUUGAAGCUUUUCCAAAAAAUACUGUUGAAUCAGUGGGAGUCUGCAGAUGUAAACAUGCAGCUGAACCCACGGUUACUGUACCAAACCCAGUGAAGCUUUAACAUUUUAUUAUUGUGCUUUUUGUAAAAGUUCCUUAAAGUUUCUUUAAUUUUAUUAUUUUACUCUUAAUUUGUAAGACAAAUAUUUUUUAUGGUUAUUUUUGAGACCAUGUUUGUGCAAUCGUUUUUGUUUUUUCUGUUCUUAUUUCAUAGGGUGCACUGUGAUAUCAGUGCUGAGAACAAAUAUUACAGUGUUGUGUAGUUUCACGGCUAUAAUUUCACUCCCCAAUGUUCAAUACUGUGAAAAAACCCAAUAAUUUCACUAACAUCACCCUGAACACUAGCUUUCAGUCAGUUCAAAAGUGCAAUAAGCAGCUGUGCAUAAAUAUUUGGGACCAUUUUAGGACUUGCAAUAUUGGUUAGUAAAGCUUUCUAUGUUUAGAAGUGGGAGUUGAAAAAAAGGCCUUACUUUAUAGGACUCAAAUGAAUAAAGUUUGGGACCAUUUAGGUCGAACAUGAAGCCUAUCCAGAUAAACUUAUGAUACCUGCUGUAAAUGUUCCCUUUUUUACAUACAGCUGGGAAAAUCAUUUUCAUAAUCUAGCUAGAAAAAACUAUUUUUAUCGCACUUUAUGCGAUAAUUUAGUUAUGAUUUACAAUGUAAACAUUUAGAUAUUUUCCUAUUAAUGAUCAUAUAAAUCUACAGCCAGUUAAGUGCCUAGUUACAACAACCUUUUGCACAAAUGUUAGUAAUCAGUUGUGUUGUGACAUUUAUAGUAGAAACAUUAGAAAACAGGAUAUGCUUUGAAUAGUAAAAGUAUAAUAUAAUAAACCUAUUUAAUAUUUCAUAGUAAUUUAUAUGAAGCCAUAAAGACAAUCUUUUGAGACAAUUCUAAAAUGCAUAAAGUCCAAAGAUUGACAAAACUACUGAAUGUGAAAGUUAAGAUUUGAACGGAAGAUUCACAAUCAAAUGAAGAAAAUACAGCUUUAAUAGGGGAAGUCUGUUUAAUUUUGCACUGUCACAAAGAGACAACCAUAAAUAUGGGAGAACAGAUCAGUCGGGACCAAAAUAUAAAAGAAACUUGACAUUUCAUAGAUGCAGGUUGAGAACUGCAGUAUCUCAAGUUGUUGCAGAUUAAAUGACUGAAAACAAACAUAAAUGAGGUCAAAUGAAGGUAAAGAUUGCAGCUGUGACCUGCGUAGAUUUAAAAAUGAGUAAAUCUGUGAGGGAAGUCUGGUUAAACUGAAUGCUGAUUAUACAUAAAGAGCCCUGCAUGUCACAGAAGGACAUUUGAGCCAUCAACGUUAAAGAGGAUUACAGAGAGGGCUGAGAUGCAGUGAGAGGAGAGGAAAACACAAUCCUUACUGUAUUUUUGACCCAGGGGGAGAGUAGAGCACUGCUUUUUAAAAAUGUUUUUAUUGUGACUUGCAUUUGGGAAGUUUAGCUUUAAAAGAAACAUUUCACAACAUUUAUUGUUUUAUUUGAAUGUAACUUAUUUGCCAAUGAUUUACAUUUGUGUUGCAGUUAUUUCCUGUUCCUCUGUGUAUGUUUACAUGUUUGUAUUCUGUUGUUGUUUUUUUUGACACCGUCUUGAGUGUUUCCACAGAGUUAUAUCACUUCGAGUUUUAUAUUUAAUUUAUGCAGUAUUUAUAAGAGUAGUACUGCAUUCUGUUUGGUGGCCAUUUUGUUGUCCUUUUAUUCUCAUUUUAGCUGCAUGAGUGUUGCCAUACUGUACGGCUGCGUGCUCCACAAGCAUAGAAACAUACUUUGUCUUACUUCCAGAUAUUUCUCUACACAGAAAUAAAUUCUUU